AACUAGGUGUGAAAGCAAAGACUUCAGAGAAUGGCUCCAUUGAAGAAGUAUAUGCAGCCUGCAAUGGUGCUUGCUGCAGCCACGGCCGGCAUGACGUCGGCCUUCCUGCUCCCCGCCAUGCGCCCUGUCCCUGCCCCCACGACCGUCACCUGCGCAGCAAGGACGUCGCCGCUCUUCUCCCGCUCUUCCAUGCCCUCUGUCACGCCUGCCAGGCCCACCAAAGGCACGAUUCUGUCGGCCACCAAUUUUUUCGAAUCAUUUUUCGCGCCCAAAUCCGCCUCUGGGGCCGGUGCCCGUGGGGGAAAGAAAACCAUCGUCCUCACGGGCACUUCUUCGGGCCUGGGCAAGGCGACGCUCAAAGCGCUCUGUGCCCGCGGUGACAAUUUCGUGAUUUGCGGCGUCAGGGACAUGGAGAAAAUGCAGGCCGUGGCGGAGGAACUGGGCUUGGACCCGUCUUCCUACACGAUCCGUCCCUUGGACCUCUCAUCCUUCGCCUCGGUGAGGCGCUUCGCCAAGGAAGUGAAGGCGGUGAAGGGCGGUAAGCCCUUGGAUGCCCUGGUCUGUAACGCGGCCGUGUACCUGCCUGCCCGUGACUACCCGACGUUCACCCCGGAUGGGAUCGAAGAGUCCCUCCAAAUCAAUCACCUCUCCCACUUCCUCCUGGUUUCGCUCCUGCUCGACGACUUGAAGAAGGCCAAGGACCCCCGCUGUGUGAUCGUGGGCUCCAUCACCGGGAACGACAACACCAUCGCCGGGGCCUUUGUCUGGCCGCGAGCCUCCUUAGGGGACUUGAAAGGGAUGCAGGAGGGGGCGAAGGAGCCUGUCUCGAUGAUCGACGGCAAGAAUUUCAACGGGGCGAAAGCCUACAAGGACAGCAAGAUGUGCAACAUGAUGACCGUGAACGAGCUUCACAAGCGGUACCAUGACGCCACGGGCAUCACCUUCUCCUCCAUGUACCCCGGGUGCAUCGCCGAAACGGCCUUGUUUCGGGAAAAGCGACAGUGGUUCCGGACGCUCUUCCCCCUCUUCAUGAAGUACGUCACGGGGGGCUACGUGUCCGAAAACGAAGCCGGCGAGCGUCUGGCCCAAACCGUGUGGGACCCGGCGUUGAAGACGAGCGGGCAGUACUGGUGCUGGAACGGUCAGGCCCAACAGUUUGGCUACUACGACCCUGCCACCAAACAAGUUCGAGGCGCGGGCGGGAGCGGCGGAACCGUGUUCCCUGGGAAGUUGGCGGGGCAAGUGAUGGAUCAGGCCAAGGCAGAGAAAAUGUGGGAGUUGAGCUCGGAGAUUACGGGGGCGACGUGGCCGAGCGUAGGGGUCCGGGAAUUGGCGAACGUGUGAGGGAAUGGAAGGAAUAUUGGGGAAGGGAAAGCGAUGGAAGGGAUGGAAGGGAUGGAAGGAAGGGUGUGGAUAGAUCGGACGUAGGGAGAAGAGGAAGGCCGCGUGGGAAAGGCGGGUGGAGGGAGAGGCAUGGGGAGGAAGGACGGAGGAAAUGAGGAGGUCGGCAUUCGGACGAGAAGUAAGCGGUGGGGGGAGUGGGGAGAAUGCGGGG